GACAUCAGCCAUGACGAAGCAACAUUGUUAUUCGUUUGGUUUUUCGUGCAUUCGUGGCUCGUGCUGUCAACAACGACAACAACUUCAUACAUUUUGUGUGUUUUGACUGUUUUGAGCGCACGAGGACUCUAUAAACAGUACGCCACGAUCGUCUACCGAUAGAUAAGAGUCAUAUUUUCUUUGUCCUCACGAGUCACGGUAAAAUUUGUUUUUUGUACACAACAACAUGAGAUUGUUCUCUCUCUUACAUGAGUUACUCUCUUUAUUAUCUAUGGUUGAAUUAGAGCACUAGAUGUACCUUUAUAGUUGAAUCCGACAACCCGUACCAGGAGUUCACAGUACUCACCAACAAAUACUGGACCAAAUCGUUUUGCUUACGGAGUACAAAAAAUUUUACUCCAUUUUAACGGGAUUUUCCGUGUGUAUAAUACCUACCUUUUCUAGCCGCCCAAAUGUCUUCUAGCGAUUGUUCAAGCGAUUUGUGGGAGGAAGAGGAUUCCAAUAUUUCACUAGAAGUAGAAGAUGGAAUAGAAGCCUAUAAAUUCAUAAAUGGGUAUAUAAACAAGGUUUGGAAUGAUAUGAAAAGAAUUGAUUACCGAUUGGACUGCGAAUUGGGCGUAACACCAAUUGACGAUCUACCUCCUGCAGAAAGACGGAAAUGUAUGGAAAAUGAAGAUUUUUUAUUGUCAUUUCCAUUGACAAAUCCGGACGAUGUUAUUGAACUUGAAUCAAGGCUAAUAAAUAAUCCUUUAGGUUUUAAAAAAGCAUUUAUAGACUUUAUUACCCCUGUAUGUCCCGAUUGUCCAAUUGGUUGUGAUUGUUUGCCAGAUUUAAGAAUCUUUGUAGGAGUAAUUUUACGUUUAUUGUUUACGAAUAAAUUUGCAAGCAUCUAUUCUGGUAGUGAAUUUCAAACAAAUUUUAAAUUUAGUAAUUCAAAAGUUGCCAAGGUUAUUUUUUAUUUAACAAGAAGCAAAUACAAAAAUGUUACCAGACAGCAAGUUUAUUUAUUAAUCAAGAAAUGGAUCAAAUAUGCUACGCGACGCUAUAAAUUGAAACAAAAGAACAAAAAACCAAAAACAAAUAAAAAAUGUUCUGUUUAAAAUCUUAUUAUUAAAAUAUAACUUCAUUAUUUUUAAAAUAUUAUAUUUUAAUGAAUAAUUGGUUUAUAAAUUAAUUUAUAAACGAUAAUAAGUUGUAAAUUAAAUUGUAGUGUGGGUAAAUUAGAACAAUCAUAAAAUGUCUACCAUGAGCAUUGUUUGCUUUUCAGCUUGUAUCUGUAUUUUAUUUAAUCUUAUUUUUUAUCAGUGAUUUACAAAUGUAAUUUUUUUCAAAUUUCAAAUAAACAUUUAAUACAAAGAUAAUUUGUUCUGAAGUAAACCCGUUUCUAAGUUUAAA